AGAGUGGUUGUCCGUUUCCUGCUUUCAGUUGAUGUGUGCGCAGAACAGAGAAGAGAAACUUCCUUGACUCUAGAGCUCAGUAUUCUGACAGUGAACAGAGGACGACUGUCUUUUUGUUUGUUUAUUUAAAUGCUGUGCACAUUGACUUGAGAUAAGCUGGGAUAUUUAUCAUCAUGAGCCGUGGAUCUAAAACUAAAACGGAGAGCGCCAGGAGCUCUCUGCUGAGCCAACAGGAGAAUGAGAAGUGUGAGGAUAUCAUGGGCAGAAGGUGUGCUUCCAUGGCCACUGCAGUCGCUCAGCUGUUCAUGGCUCUGCCUAACAGCCCCUCUGUGUGGAGCCUGCAACACACUGGAGUCGUGUGCUUCGUCAAAGACAACCUUCAGCGCUCCUACUUCAUACGGUUAUUUGAUCUGAAGAUGGGGAAGAUGGUUUGGCAGCAGGAGAUAUACAACCAAUUAGUUUACUCCUCACCACAGCCGUUCUUUCACACCUUCGCUGCGGAUGACUGCCAAGUGGGACUGAACUUUGCGACGCAGCAGGAAGCAGAAGACUUCCAAUAUGCUGUGGAGGAGAAAAUCAACCAGAGAAACACUCGUCAAGAUAGGAAACAGCGUCCCCCGCCACCAAGUGAUAGAGGAAACCUGCCUCAAGUGCCGAUUGAAAAAGCGUCCCCUGGGUCUCUCCACAUUGCCACAGUGGAUAUCCAGAACCCGGACAUCCAUAGCUCCCGGUACCGCUCGAUGCCUGCUCCUACUCUUUCCUUAGGCCUGAAAAAAGGAAAGAAGGACAAGAAGACAGGAAAGAAGGGCGCCAAACUCUCCAAAGCAGACAUCGGGGCCCCCAGUGGAUUUAAGCAUGUGGGUCAUGUGGGCUUCGAUCCGGACAACAUCGACCCCGAUAUGUGGAAGCUGCUCUCUCAGGCCGGGAUCAGUGCGGACGACAUGAGUGACGAACAGACGUCGCAGAUGAUCUACAACGUCAUCGAGCAGUCCGGAGGCAUGGAGGCCGUCAAAAGGGAGGUGAACAGAGGCGGACCUCCACCGCCUCCACCUGGCAGACAGGGGCCUCUUCCUCCUGUCCCGGGCUCUGGGGCCCCGAUGCCUCCACCUCCUCGAAGCCGCUCCGGCCCCCUGCCUCCUGUCCCAGGACACUCACCCCACUCAUCUGCUGGACGUGGAGCCUUACCAACCCCACCUCCUUCAUCAAACAGAGGCGGACCUCCACCACCACCCGCAGCUCUGCCUCACUUCCCCUCCCCACCACCCUCUCACGGCCCCCCCUCAAUCCCCUCCCACAACCUGCCUCCUCCUCCGCCGCCAUCCGGCCCACAUCGCUCCACCGCACCUCCUCCUGUCCCAUCUACACCCAACAGAGGGGGAGGUGGAGGGCCUCCUCCUCCUCCUCCUCCACCACCUCCACCUCCCUUUGGUAAUGCCCCACCUCCUCCUCCUUCUUCCAGUGUAAAACCAUCACCACCAGCUUCUGCAUCCGGAGGAGGAGGAGGAGGAGGAGGAGGAGGAGGAGGAGGAGGAGGAGGAGGAGGAGGAGAGACCAGAGGAGCUUUGCUGGAUCAGAUCCGACUGGGGAAGAAGCUCAAAAAUGUGAUAGACAGUCCCGACACAGCUCCAUCUACACCAGCAGACUCUGGCGAGGGCAUCGUUGGUGCUCUCAUGAUGGUCAUGCAGAAGAGGAGUAAAGCCAUCCAUUCCUCUGAUGAAAGUGAAGACGAGGGAGGAGAUGAAGACGAGGAUGACGAUGAGUGGGACGACUAGUUUCAGGAUUUUGAACCUCGUGUAAACAUUUGAAUUGCAAAACUGGUACAUGAUUGAUUAAGUUAUGAUUGGUUAAAGGUAUAAUAUGCAGCAUUUUCAUAUAAAAAAACAAAACACGUUUAGCCUCUCAAUCUAAAAAGGUCCCCUCUCAAUCCUCACCUAUGUCAAACUGUGUGUGGCAGUGUUUGACCCUGCCGGUAUUACCUCUACUCUUCUUUUUUUCGGGAUGUUUCUAGGUUUAAAAAAUAGCCUGUUGUGGAUGUGUGCGGCGUUUACUCAUUCCCAGGUUUUCAAAUACAGAUACCGGGACAACAGAAAGCCUUUGGCAAGUACAGAAAGUGGUGGAGAACAAGUCGUUACAUCCCUGUUUGUUUUAAGGUGCUCAAGCAAACCCAUGUCUUUCUCUCCACACACACGCACGCACGCACACACACACACACACACACACACACAUACACACACACACUCUACACUCUAUACUAUAUUUGUACUUUUUAAUUGAAUUACCGGGGUGUUAUGUCUCAAGAAUCUGUCAGGCUGAAAAGAUCUUCCACAAAAGGACAACCUUGUGAACACAAUCAUCUAAAGAAAGCAGGUUUUUUUCUGAAUUGAGAGCUGAGGAUGUCUUUGAAUUAUUGGGCCUCGUGGACUUUAACGUAAAAUGUAUUAAAGACUACUUGAAAGAAACAGCCAGUUUUUUAAUGGUAUUUCAUUCGACGUGUCAUUUUUGAUGAAGCUAAACUUGUCAUGAUAGAAGCUGGGACGGUGUUAUUUGCAUAGUUUUUCUCAUGUUUCUGUUGUCCUGCCUGCUGACUACGUUAUUACUUUUGGCGGAAGCUUUUGGACCUCCUCCUGCAUGGAUCCCACUGUUUACUAUAUCAGUUUUGUCAUCGCCUAUUUGAUCCUUUUACUCUGUUUUCUCAUUCGGUACAAACAAAAUCCAUUGCAUAUCUGUCGGUUCUUGGAGAGGGAUCCCUCCUCUUUUCCUCAUUUCUUCCAUUAGUCCGCCGUUAAUUGUGGGUUUCAUUUUGAGGAGUUUUUUUAUUUUGCACUGCAUGGGUCUAAGGACAGAGUAGCUUUAUGCUGUAUACUCUGUAAAGCCCCCUGAGACAAAUGUGUAAUUUGUGAUAUCGAUGAAUAAAAUGUUUACACAAUGA